AUGGUGUUACCUACUGUUUUAAAAAGAAAACAUAUCCUGAAAGGAAAACAAUUAUUACCAGUUAUCAGAAAGUUGAGGGAUAUUCAAGAUGCGCAUGGCAUUAAACAGUUAGCUAGGACUUCUUCUGCAAGGCGUACCGAAAAUAUGUCUAAUGAGGAUGUAUUGAAGGCUGUUGAGGAUUUAAUUGGAGAAAACGGGAUUGAGUUACUGGAACUGGUAGGGAAGGACCCAAAUGAUGAGGAUUUUGCAAAGUUACUACUCCAUGUCUGCAUAUUACAUGCUAAUGAAAAAGGACAACAAGAAGGACAGGAUUUGCAGGAUCCAGAAUUAGGUCACUCGUCAGCAACGACUGCAGAUCGAGAGCAAGGGCCUACAUGUACCUCUAAUUCAAGGAAGGCAACAGACAAAGACCAGGAUUCAAAUGGGGGAAAACGUAGGAAGCUACAAGAUUCAACAACUGAAGUCAAAGACAAGGAUGGUACACAGAUUCAGCAGGGAAAUAAAUAUUAUAGAAUACCAGAAUGGGAGAGAGGACUUGAUUUUGAUCCAACUCGUGUAGAACUAAUACAGAAUUCAUCAUGGGUGACAUUGGGAGGUGGGACUCCCUCAUUCGUAACCAAACAUCAUACAGCCGAGUCUGUCCUUCAAGGGGUUGAUUUUGACAUUAAAAAUUUACCUUUGCGUGACCCAAAAUUAUAUAGGUCAGGUCAGAUACAUCAUAAUAUGGAUCAUUGGAAUGAAGUUUUGAAAAAGGGAAUAGUAGAUGAAGAUAUUCAGUUUAGAAUAAGUAGGUGGCUUACACAAGGUGUAGAUGUUAAGGAAUUCUUUUCACAUUUCAAAGGAAACUUUAAAGGUCGUUCUUAUGACAGUGAUGAACCUUCAAGCAUUUUCUUAGAAAAUAGUAUUAGUUGUAGGGAUCACAAGGAGUUUGUAGGCCAGAUUUUAUAUGAGAAAAUAAGGUCAGGAGCCAUAAGAGUUCUUGGGAAGAUUGGUGAAUGUGACAUGCCUAGGGUUGUGAUGCCUUUGUUAGUAGAGCCAUCUAAACCACAGUUAUGUUUGGAUGGAAGGUACUUAAAUUUGUGGAUAAAAGAUUCUCCGUUUCGUCUUGAAACUUCAAAUGAUGUUCAUAGGUUGAUAGAUUCAGAGGCAUGGAUGGCAACAUGUGAUGAAAAGUCAGGCUAUGAACACAUUGCUUUGUCCGAGAAUUCACAGACUUACUUUGGGAUUGAAUUUGGUGGAUUUAUCAUGGUUUACACAGUUUUGCCUUUUGGAUGGAAGGCCUCGCCAUAUGUUUAUCAAACUGUUGGAAUGACAAUUACAUCUUAUCUUAGAAAAUUGAAUGUAAUAACAACUCAGUAUAUUGAUGACCGUUUGAUGAUAGCUAACCCAUCAGAGGACACUACUGACUUGGAAGCAAAAGAACAUUGUUUUAGGGUGAUAUAUGCUCUACUUCAAAUUUUAACCCGUUUAGGUUACACAAUAUCACUUGAAAAAUCAUGCCUGGAACCCCAACAAUGUGUACGGUUCCUUGGAUUUUUGGUGGAUUCAGUAAAGUUAGCUUAUAUCUUGCCAGAGGAUAAAAAGUUUAGAGAGUCAAGAGAGUCACUUUUGGCAGGCAGGGAGGUUUCUUUUCGAACUUUGCAGCGUUUUGCAGGCAAGUGUGUUUCGAUGGGUCUUGCAAUUCCAGGAGCUAAAUUGUACUGCAGGGAAGUAAAUAAUGCAAUUUCAUGUGGAGUUAAAAAUUCAAAACAUAUUGUCAUAGGUGAUGAAUUGCGGGAAGAGUUGAAAUACUGGCGUUUCUUGGACUCGUGGAAGGGUUACACAAAGUGGAGGUCAGAGAGUCAUAAGCAAGUAAAUAUUUCAACAGAUGCUUCCGGCUACAAGUAUGGGGCAGUAGUUUGUUUUCAAGGGGAAAAGGUUGACUUGGAGAUUUUUGGGAGACAAACGACAGUAGACCUAUUCAUUUGA